ACCCAACAAGCCAAAGAGUCUCAGUGUCUCACUCUACUCUAUUCUCAUCUACAAAUCAUGUCUUCAAAAAUGUGUUGGUUUUUUAGUUUUUUUGUGUGUCUUAUGUUAAGUGUGUCUUUGUCUACCUCUUCCAAGUUUGAUGAACUCUUCCAACCAAGUUGGGCUUUUGACCAUUUUCUCCAUGAUGGAGAUCUCCUUAAACUCAAACUUGAUAACUCUUCUGGUGCUGGUUUUGUAUCCAAAAGCAAGUAUAUGUUUGGAAGAGUAUCUAUCCAGCUUAAGCUUGUUGAAGGUGACUCAGCUGGAACUGUUACAGCUUUCUAUAUGUCAUCAGAGGGUCCAAACCACAACGAGUUUGAUUUUGAAUUUUUAGGCAACACAACAGGAGAACCUUAUUCUGUACAAACAAAUGUGUAUGUGAAUGGAAUUGGUAACCGUGAGCAAAGACUUAACCUUUGGUUUGACCCUACCAAAGAUUUUCACUCUUACUCUAUUUUCUGGAAUCAACGUCAAGUUGUAUUUUUAGUGGAUGAAACACCAAUAAGGGUACACACAAACAUGGAACAUAGAGGUAUACCAUAUCCAAAGGACCAACCAAUGGGAGUAUAUAGUUCAAUAUGGAAUGCAGAUGAUUGGGCAACACAAGGAGGAAGAGUGAAAACAGAUUGGUCUCAUGCACCCUUUAUUGCAACCUAUAAAUCCUUUGAAAUCAAUGCAUGUGAGUGUCCAAUUUCAGUGGCUGCAAUGGAUAAUACAAAGAGAUGUAGUAGUAAUGAAGAUAAGAAAUAUUGGUGGGAUGAACCCAAUUUGUCAGUGCUUAAUUUGCAUCAAAGUCAUCAACUUAUGUGGGUUAGGAAUCAUCAUAUGGUUUAUGAUUAUUGUAGUGAUGGUUCUAGGUUUCCUAUUACUCCUCUUGAGUGUGUCCAUCAUCAUCAUAGUUAGGGUUUGAUGAUGAAGUGUUUAUUGUUUAAUUAGGUGAUGUGAAAGUUUGGUUAUGGGAGAAAAUGGGGAAUGAAUGUAAAAAGAAAGAAAUGGAAUAUGUUCCUUGUGUUUUAUAUUAUUGUAAGAUAUUAUUGAUAAAUAAUAUAUGAUGUGAAUAA